AGAGCACUGGGGCAAUGUUGUAGUUUGCACCAAGUGCUAGAAGUGAGCUGCUCAGCUUGUUUCCUGCCCCGAGUCUGUUUUUGUUUUCUACUAGAAGAAAACUCACAACUGUCAGCCGAAACUGAUCAGCUGCUCGGUGCUGUGGAAGAAAAACAAGAAGUUCACUGUAAUUGCUCGAUCAGGCCAAAGAGUGAAGCACAUUCCUGGAGGAGCUGAGAAGAGAAACCUGCCCGUUGACACUGUCCCCAUCAAGAUGGCCUCCAGUUUAAGUCGCUGGAACGACUUGGGACGAGGAUGUGCAAAGCCAUGGUGAUCAUCUACAAAAAAACACUGGGAAAAAAGGCCGGCGACGAUGUAACCUCCACAUGUACGGACUUGGGCACGUUCCAGGCACAAACCAUGAGCCAGGGUGCAGCACUCUUCUUGGGGACCAGUCAGUGGCGUGAGGUGGGUCACAGCUGUGCGUUACAGCAGCGGCCAGUUGGAACCAGUUUGGAGAACCUGUGGGACGUCCUGCCUGAGGUGCACAGGACUUCUGCCCAGUGGGACUGGGACAUUGGCUCCAAGUCGAGCACAAUCACCAGCUUGCUGCAGGACCUGAGCCUAACUGAGACGGCCUCGUCCCACUCCACCGCGCCCCCCAGCAAGCGUCAGUGCCGGUCUCUGUCUUGCUCAGGCGAGCUCGGCAGUUGCCGCUCCACCUGGCGCCCGCAGGGCUCCCGCGUGUGGACGUCCGUGGAGAAGAGGCGGUGCCACAGCGGAGGCAGCGUCCAGCGCGGCAGUGUUGGAAACGCGCAGCUGUGCUUCCCGGCCAUGCAGCGCAGUUCCAGCUUCAGUUUGCCUGCCCACUCUGACACCGCAGAGCCACUGUGCUUCACCCAGCACUUAACCCAACCGUCUGCCUUCACCGGCCUCACACCCUCAUCCCCGAUGCGCCUCUCGUCCGAGCCCGCAGCUGAGCCCCUCUACCUCUCUCAUGAACAAAUUAGCCUCCCCGAGGCUCGUGGACCUUCGCCACCCAGCUCCCCUGACUCCACUCCAGAGCUGGAGCGUCGUGGCGGUCAGGGCGGCCUCGCCCGCAGUCGCUCACAGCCGUGUGUCCUCAAUGCCAAGAAGAUCGGUGUGAAGCGCAGGAGGCCUGCUGACACACACAAACAGAGGCCUUCGCUGGAUCUGGCAAAGAUGACCCAGAAACUUCGGAAUUUCCACAGCCUUAGCUGCCCUGGCAUCACCAGCGAUGACCUCAGCGGGUCAGGCCAGGCGGCGCCCACUCUCAGGUGCAACCCCGACGACUUGUCUGAAAACGAAGACGGCUCGGAGGACGUUCUGAGUCGGCCCGCAGAUGGCGAGCUCACCAGGAACGAGCCGGCCACAGAGGAGGCGGACAGGAAUGUCACAAACUGCCGCGGCCCGACGGCAGAAACGACCAACGGGAAGGACGGCGAGCCUCUGUGGGCGGGGCUGUGCAGCAUGAGGAGGGACGUGUACCAGCUCGGAGGAGAGCUCGACAUCGAGCAGAUUGAAAGGAACUGAGCUGCUUUCCUUUCAAGACAAGCUAAAUUAGAGGACUGGGAGUUUUAUCACCAGGUGGUACAACAAACAGUGCUGAUAGUCUUAAGGACAAAGCAAGUGGAGAGCUCCUGCAGAGAGUAUCCCAAGGGCUUGUCCAUUUCUUUUCCAUUAAAGAGAGACUGAAGAGACGUUUUACGCUUUAAAUGUUCGUUUGGGGACUGUGUUCAGAAGUGACUCCCCCACUACAGUUUUUUGUGUCUCAGGAGAAAAUGAAAGUCAGGGAAGAUGGAUACGAGUGGAAAUAAAACUGAUAAAUUUAAACAUAUUGUAACCUUAACCUGAAUAGCCUACUUGUGCUUUUGUUUGGAGAGAAUUCACAGCAGGCUUGUAUAAAUUCUCUGCACUUGAAAGUGUUUUUUUUUUCUUUCCUCUGACGUUCUUCACUAGCACAUAGGUACACGAUGGAGAGAAAUGGUCACCACUUAAAGAGCUACUGUUGUUUAAGCUUCUUUCACCCUUACUGAGCAACAACACACACACACCUAUAAAAUAUACUGAAGAGCUUAGCAUUGUACUGGGUUGCUUCAGGCUUACCUGUGAGAUUUACUCUCAUGAAUGUUUGAAACGUACUUAAAGAUGCUAACAGYCUUAAUAUUCUUUCUUUUUACGAUUUGUAACAAACUUGUGUAAAACAUGAGCAUAAUUUCUAUUAAAAAAAUAAACGGGUUUAAAAGUCA